CUCUUGAACAACGCCAACGCCCUAUUGACACCAGACUUUGUUAAGGACACCCAGUCUCUGAUCACACAAGUGGCGCCUGUUCUGAAUGAGCUGAAGCCACUCCUCAGCACCCAGACGAUCAAUGAGCUUGAAGGACUUUUGAACAACGCCAACUCCCUGUUGACGCCUGAUUUCGUGAACAAGACGAAGGGCUUGAUCGAUGAAGCUGCACCAAUCCUCUCGGUUGUCCAGCCGCUGUUGACAGCCCAGAGCAUUGGUGAAAUUGGCAGCCUGCUGUCCAAUGCCAACCAGCUGUUGACUCCAGACUUCGUCAAGGACACCAAGGGCUUGAUCACUGCUGUCGGUCCAGUCCUUGAUGAAAUCAAACCGCUUUUGACCCCGCAGACUUUCAGCGAGCUGCAAAGCCUGCUUAACAAUGCCAAUGACCUGUUGACGGCUCAAUUCGUCAAUGAGACGAAGAGCCUGAUCAACGACGCUGGACCAAUCCUGGGUGAGGUCAAGCCAUUGUUGACGACCCAGAACAUCCAGGAUAUUGAAGAUCUCUUGACCAAUGCCCACAACCUCCUGACGCCAGAAUUCGUCAAGGACACCCAGGGAUUGAUCACUGCCGUGGGCCCUGUCCUUGGUGAAGUCGGACCGUUGUUAACGCCAAAGACCCUCGCGGACAUUCAAUACCUCCUGGGCAAUGCAACGAACCUGCUCACGCCCGCUUUCGUCAACGAGACAACAGAUCUUAUCGGCGAAGUAUCCCCAGUGGUCACACCGUCUCUUCUCGCUCAAGUCGGCGACCUUCUGAACAACGCCAAUGGAUUGUUGACGCCGCAAUUCGUUAACGAGACGCAGACAAUUAUUGGUGACGCCGCUGAUCUGUUGCCAUUGUUGGUGAAAGUUUUGGGCUCCCUCUAA